CCGCCCACCCCAGCACGCUGAUGUCAGUUCCGCGAGCGACUUUUCCCGCAAAGCUUUGAUGUAAAUCCGCCUUGAGAGAGAGAGACAGAGAUUGUCUCCCUCUCCAGUGGCGGCGGGAAGAGAUCCCAGAGCAGCGAGAGAGACCUAGACGAGAGUUUGGGACCGAAUUGCUGAAUUGGUGUGUUGCGCUAUCAAGAUUCCACGCCUUCCGCCUUCACGAUGGCAGCGGCUCCUGCCUACGGGCACUGGCCUGGAACCAUGGGCCCCCUGAAGCGCUGGGUGCUGGAGUCGCACGAGAAGAUCGUGGACGCCCUCUACAGCAUCGACCACCUGCUCGACCGCCUCAUCUCCAAGCUCGUGCUCACCGACGAAAAUUACAACGAGGUGCGCGCGGAGCCCAUCCCGACGAAGAAGGCGCGCAAGCUGCUGGAGAUCGUGCGGCUGCAGUUCAGCGAGCAGCAGGUGGAGGUGUUCGUCGAGUGCCUCGCCAACAGCCAGACCGCCUACCCCAAGCUGCGGACACUGCUGCAGCAUCGCCCGCAGCCAGGAGAUAAAAGAUAUUUCAACACAGAGGUCAAAAGUUUCCCAACAGUGGAGAAGCUCCGCCGCCAGUCGAGCGAGCUGUGCCACCGUCUGGGCGACCUCACGGCGCCCAUCACCGUGCAGCUCUUCGCCAACGAGCUGCUGGGCCAGGUGGAGAAGGAGCACGUGGAGAAUGCCAACACGCCCUUUGACCGCUCCAAGAAGCUCAUCGACGUGUGCCUGCGGCGCGGCGAGCCCGCCUGCUGCCUCUUCUACAAGGCCUUGCGCCACGAGGACCCCAACCUGGCCAGCGAAAUGGGCGCCUUCGACGUCGAGAACGUGACCUGCCUCUCUAUCGAAACUACAGGGGAGACUCCUCAAUGCUCGCUGCUCUCCCAAGUCUCGGUCUGUCCGCAGACGCCGGUCACCACCGCCUUCCCAGAGACGGGAGUUCAGGGUGACCUUACGUGGCUGGUCAGAGAAAAGAGCACUGAUGAACCCCGGAGCCUCGCGACAAGUCGGGACUUCGACCCAGCAACGCCCAACAGCAGCAGCAAUAAUGGAUUUGAUCCUGUGUUCAGCGACAGCCUGACACUGGAGUCCUUGGGAGGAGAGAGCGUUACUCUCUCAGCCACCGAGCAAGAGCUGGCAAACGAAGUGAUGCACGCGCUGUCUCUGGAAGCUACCACCGCCACGACGGGCCCCGACUACGACAUUCUGAGCUUUUCCGAGUUGCUGGGGCUGGGUCGUGAGCACGCGUGGGAGGCCCUGCAGGAGGCCGGCGGCUGGGACGUGCGCCGUCAAGUCACCGCGCUCGUGUGCGCCUUCCUGAAGGCCACGGGCGGGGACGCCCAGAGGCUCCGUAACAAGCUGCAUCAGGCCCAUCGCUCAUGUAAGGCAGCGAGCGGCGGCGUCGUCACGAAUGCACGUGCACGGCCACUUUUGCCAAUCGACUGCCGGAUGAGGGCCCCCUCCCUGUGGCGCUCGGGUCGUGGGGGUCAUUUGGCCAUGCUUGGAACGCGCUGGUCAGUGCGGAUUAACGAAGGACGUCGCUUUUCGCACUCGCAGGGGUUCCUCGUCUCCGAACGCGGCGUCUGCCUCAUGAACCUCAUCUCGAAGGCGCACCAGGCCUUCCGGGCGGCCACCGACGCGACGGAGGGCGUCCGGGAAGCGCUCCGCCUGCUCGCGAUCGUGCUGCACGACUGCGCCCUCGCCCUCGCCCCCGACGAGGAGCUCCUCCUCCCCGACGCCGCCGCCCGCCUCCCUCCGCCGAGCGUCGAGCGGUGCCUGCGGCGCGUCGCGGAGACGGUGCCCUUCCACCGGGAGGGCGCGGACGAGCUGCUCGGCGACCUGGGCGACCCGGACGAGGCCUUUCUGGAGCAGGCCUCGAUGCUGGCGGCGCAGCUGGUGCGCGAGCUGUUCAAGGUCGGCUCGGAGAGAGGCUCCCAGUACGGGCUGCACGUGCGCGCCCGGGACGCGUACGCGUGCACGCCGCAUUCACUCUGGGGCGUCACCGGGUUUGCCGGACUCAGUCCGCUGGUGGUAAAGAAGCUGUGCAGAGAGCAGCAGAGCGAGAACCACGAGGAGCUGCGUGCGUCGCUGCGCAGGAUUCUGGCGCGAACCUCGCAAAGCCCGGCGGACAACCCCCUGGGCGGCGGCGGCGGCGGCGUCGGCGUCGUGCCGGACGUCCAAAUGGACGUCGACUCGUUGCUCCGCUGCGGCCGCUUCGACGCGCGGCUGAGCGCCCGCGUGAGGUGGGCGCUGGAACCCGACGCCGAGCGGCGGGGCCCCGCGCUGCCGCUGCACGCCCAGACGCUCGCCGACCUCCUGGAGUACGCGCGCCGCAGCGAGCGCCACUCCUUCGCCUUCCGCGUGGAGCGCGUGACGAUGCUGGGCGGGCGCGGGCGCUCGCUGUGCGGCGUGCGCAGCGCGGGCCCCCUGGUGCGGAUCGACGGCGCCAUGGAGGAGACGGUGGGCUUCCUGACGAGCGAGCCGGCCGCGUUCCUCGCGAGCGUGCGGUGCGCGUACGUGCACGACGGGGAGGCGUACGAGUGCGCCGAGCCGCGCGUCUGCAAGGUGGCGUUUCCGCGGGCGUCUUCCGCCGCGACCGCCGCCCCGCCGCGAGUCGACCUCGCGGACGCGGUGUCCUCGGGAGAGGUCGUGGCGGAGAGCCCCAACGCCGUUUGGAUCCGCGCGCGGGAAGGCGUCGCCUUCGAGAGCGUCGUCGGCGACGUCAAAGCCGCCCUUGCUUCGUCUUCCGAGCCGUUCGGCGUGGAAACGGAGGGGUUCUGUUUCCGGGUGGAGGCGCACGAGAGGGAGAGUCAAGUCAGGUUAUUCUUUGACGGAAAUGGGAUUCGUGCAGAAAGCACCAACGGAGCCGUGGUGAAAACGUGACGGUGUUUUUUUGCCGUUGUUCGCAACUGAGAGGUAAAGGUGUUGCCCAGCAAUUGCUUGCCGAUGCCACUGCCAGCAGAAGGGCCUCCACUAAAGGUCACUGGAGAGCCUUCUCCCUCCAAGAGGGACUUUGGCUUACUCUUCCACACCCGUCAUCUCGGGAAGUGGUGGGUGUCUCCAAAUGUUUUCCCCCUCCACACGCGGCCUGCCGAACGACUUCACUGCGAUGCACCCAAUUUACUGCACCGUUGUGGGUGGAGAGAGGCGGGAGAUAAAAAAAAAACUUGAACCAUUGUUUAAACUGUCGUGCUCAAGUCAUCCUGCUAUGAGCAGCAGUGGGGCCAAAAGGGUUAUUAUUAUAUUCUUCGUUCUUUCGGUAAAGUCACGUAGAAGGGAAACAAUAAAAUUUUAAAACAAUAAAAUU